AAUCAAUCCACAGUUCUGGUUUAUAUCAAAACUGAAAAGGUUCUACUGUUCAUAACCCGAAAAAAAAAAAACUGGGAGAUCCCACGGCGACGGAGCCAGGUAGUCCAGAAUCGCCGGUGGAGGUGAGCAAGACUCAUCCGAUCCCGCCUUUGAAAUCAGAUAAAGCCGUGAGAGUCAGAGUUACAGCUACGAGCUUGAAUUACGCCAAUUACCUUCAGAUUCUCGGAAAAUACCAGGAGAAACCUGCGUUACCCUUUAUCCCUGGCUCCGAUUACUCCGGAAUCGUCGACGCGAUUGGUCCCUCCGUCACCAAAUUCCGCGUCGGAGAGAAGGGGUCUUGUUGUACUUGUUGUUGUUGUUGUUGCUGCACCUUCAAAAAUAAUCAAAUCAGAGUUUGACGCUUCGAGGAAAGAUGAUGACAUUUGCAGUGACAGCCAUUUCCUCAUCAUCUCUAUCAUACUCUCCUCUUCUUCUUCAUUCUCAAGGGCCAAACCGGCGACUGUUGCAUUGGAAAAGAAACGAAAAGAGACGGUUAGCGACAAAGGUGGCUGGUUCCGGUGUUAUCACAGCGGGAUUUGAGUUAAAGCCGCCUCCAUAUCCUCUUGAUGCUCUGGAACCACAUAUGAGCCGGGAAACCUUGGAUUAUCACUGGGGAAAACAUCAUAGAACUUACGUUGAGAACUUGAACAAACAAAUUGUAGGCACAGAUCUAGAUGCGUUGUCCUUGGAAGAAGUUGUGCUUCUUUCAUACAACAGAGGCAACAUGCUUCCUGCCUUUAACAAUGCUGCCAAGAACCGAAGAGCUGAAUACAUAAAUACAUUCAUGGAAAAGCUCGUGUCAUGGGAAACUGUAAACACAAGGCUAGAAGCUGCAAUGGUUCGAGCAACCCAAAGGGAACAAGAAGGAACAGAUACAGAAGAAGAAGCGAAUCCAGAUGAUGAAGAGCCGGAGGUCUAUUUAGAUAGUGAUAUUGAUGUAUCUGAGGUUGACUAAAAACCCUGUGAAGCACAUAACAUUAGCAUCUGAAAUGUCAAUGACAGAGAGCAAAAUUUUUUGCAUUCCUAA